UGCCAAACCCUAAAUCCUGAUCCGCUCUCUUGAGUCUCGGCUGAGGGUUUCCGGAAGUUGGUCUGCAGAACGGCAAUCUCGUUUAGUCUCUCCCACCCUCAACCAUGGUGAACGUUCCAAAGACUAAGAAGACAUACUGCAAGUCCAAGGAGUGCAAGAAGCACACCUUGCACAAGGUUACUCAAUACAAGAAAGGAAAGGAUUCCCUUGCUGCUCAAGGAAAGCGUCGUUAUGAUCGCAAACAGUCAGGUUAUGGUGGACAGACCAAGCCAGUGUUCCACAAAAAGGCUAAGACCACGAAGAAGAUUGUGUUGAGAUUGCAAUGCCAAGGGUGCAAGCAUGUUUCCCAACAUGCAAUCAAGAGAUGCAAGCAUUUUGAGAUUGGUGGGGAUAAGAAGGGAAAGGGAACCUCCCUUUUCUAAUUUGGAAAUCAGAACAAUGCAAAUGUUCUUAUUUUGUUAUGGUUAUACCCCAGUUGAAUUUUCCCAUGGCUUGGGAUUUAGUUGUAGCAAAUUGAAUGCCAUGCCCAUGUUCUUUGAUGCUUAUUAUGACAGUUAUUAUCUGUGUUUCAACUUUCAAGAUCUAAAUAUAGUUUUGUUAUUGCUGUUUCUUUAA